AUGCAGCCCAUGCUCAGGAGCGCCAGCCAGAUGGCAGCAGAGCUGGCUCGCCUGGCAGCCCCCAGAUGUGGUCCUCAAGCGCCAGCAUGUCACAGGGCCUUGCUGGGUUCCACCCAUACACCAGUCUCCACUGCCACAGCUCGCUUCUGUCAGUCCCAGCGGGCGAAGGAUUACGCCCUCCCCAACGCCAGCUGGAGCCAGGAGAUGGUGACUCAGUUCAACAAGUACAUGGAGAUGUCCAAAGACGGGACGUGGAAAAGACUGCCCUCGUACAGGAACAUUCUGGAACAUUUGCCAGAAAGGAUGAGGCCAGAACACAAGAAGAUGAUGAACAGAGAUACCAGGAUAUUCCUCCGAAACGUGGAUGAGGAAGGCAAGGGAUUUGAGUACGUGAUGUUCCUGAAUCCCAAAGAGAAAAGGAUGGUUUGUUUGUUCCAGCCGGGUUCCUACCUGGAAGGACCCCCAGGGUUUACACACGGGGGCUCCAUCGCAACCAUUCUGGACUGCACCCUCGGGGGCUCCGGCACCUUCUUUGCGGGCAAAGUGAUGACUGCGAACCUGAACGUAAACUACAAAAACCCCGUCCCCCUGGGCUCAGUGGUGCUGGUGGAGAGCAAAAUAGACAGGGUGGAGGGGAAGAAGGUGUUCAUAUCUGGUCAGGUACGGAGCAUCGACGGAGAGACUCUAUAUGCAGAAGCCACAGGACUCUUUAUCCAGAUUGUUUCUCAGAAGAUUUCCCAGCAACCAGAAAGCUCCAAGUAA